AUGAGGCUGUCACGACAUCUUCAUUCGACACCAUUGCCAGAUGUGACAUCUACAGAGAGUACUGUAAUCGAUUCAACGACUACAGAAUAUGAGAAACAAGGAGGAAGUCUGAAUCCAUUUGGUGAGAAUCUGGGGUUGGGAAAGGGUACUGUAGUAUUGUUAAUGCGGAAAAGUAUGUAGAUAUUAAAGUUUGACCUUUUAUUCAAAGGUUUCACAAUGUUUUAUGAUUAUUCAUUUAAUUCCAAGAUUAUGACUGUACUGACAUUUUUGAACGUGACUUUCGAAAGGCUUCUUCUAGCCAGAAAGCACGUCUUGUUUUCAACGUUUCAAAAAUUAUGACAAAUUCAUAUUAUUUAUUUAUUUUUCUAAAUGAUCACAGGAAUUUUCACAUGUUGGUAGAUCAAAAGUGUGUGAAAAUGAAAUUUCGAAAUUUAAUAAAAAAUUUUGAAACGUAUUUUUGUAGAUCAUUCUUUCAAUAAACAUAAGUUCCUGGUGUAAUAUCAGAUUUACUCGCAUAAUUUGUGCUUUUCUGAAAUUCCAAUAUAAAUAAAUCAUUUUUGAGAAGCAGCAAAUCUUUCAGAUCACAGAACAGCGAAUAUUUAUUUUCCAUAGAUCAUAAAUUUUCAUGACAUCUGCAUAAAGGUUUCUUGAAUUCCAUUAGUUCAUUGAGCACUCAAUUCUAGGGAUUCUCUCCAAAAAUAAUGAAUCACCGUUGACCGAUUUAAUUCAAUUUUCAGAUGAGAGCUCUGAUGUGUUCUUCUUGGUUUCAGUCGUCGCUCCACUUCUUUUCUGUUGUUUUGCCAUUUUUGUCUGUGCUAUUAAUAGCAUUUGGAAAACAAGAAGCAAAUUACAGUAAGCCAAUAACAUAAGUUCCGAUUUAAUGAGUUUAUGUAUUUUUAGAGCAUUGACACAACUUGCAAAAACACGUGAGCCAGCAGAGUACACUGAAUUUACAAUUGAUUUGACAACGAAGAUGGAUUCAUGUGUUGAAUUGUCAUCACCGCAGAUUAGUUCGAAAGAGGUGAGCGAUAUUGAUGGAAUAAUUGGAUUAGGAGAAAAGUUCAGCUUUGGAUUAAUAUGUUUUUGUUGAAAAUUCAUGUGAUUUUGAAUGAGAAAGAGGCUUUGUCACGUAAAAAUAUAUUUCGAAGAAGUUCUGACUAGAAAGGGGGAACCUUUCAAAAUUCGGAGUUUUUUGCCGAUCAGAUUUCUAAAAAUUUGAGAACUAUCAGAUGACUUUCACAGUAUUGUAAUCUUCAAAAUGACCUGAUAUAUAAAAUACAAUUAUUCCUUCAAACCAAUUGUUUUUCCAGGAAUCUGUACUUCUCUGA